AUGAACCUUGCGAGGUUCUUAACGGAAAUCGCUCCCCAACCUGUGGAAGGGGAGACCGACACACAAAGACAGUGUGCGGUAGAUGCGUGGAAGCAUUCGGAUUUCAUAUGUCAUGGCUAUGUGUUAAACGGCUUGUCAGAUGUGUUGUAUAAUGUGUACAACAACGUCAAGACUUCCAAAGACCUUUGGGAUGCUUUAGAGAAGAAGUACAAAAUGGAGGAUGCUGGCACAAAGAAAUUUGUGGUAGCCCGUUUUUUGUAUUUUAAAAUGGUUGAGUCUAAAACAGUUAUGAAUCAAGUCCAAGAAUUCCAAAUUAUACUUCAUGACAUCUCUGUAGAAGGCAUGACACUUAGUGAGACAUUCCAAGUGGCAGCGAUGAUUGAAAAGUUACCUCCUAGUUGGGUUGAUUUUAUGAAUUAUCUUAAACACAAACGGAAGGAGAUGAGUAUAGAGGACCUUAUUGUUCGUCUCCGGAUUGAAGAGGACAAUAGAAUUACCCUAAAGGCAGCCUUGCGCAGACUAGUGCUAGCGCAAAUUUGCGCAAUGAUGGAUGAGGUCAAUACCGUGACUAACACUCCAAAAGGAUGGUGGGUUGAUACGGGCGCGACCCGUCACGUUUGCGCAGACAAAAGCCUCUUUACCACCUUCAAGGCGCUUUCUGGAGAAGAGAAGUUGUAUACGGGAAAUGCAGCCACCGCUGACAUCAUGGGUGAAGGAACGGUGAUCUUGAAGUGGACUUCGGGGAAGGAGCUCACUCUAAGUAACGUGUUGUAUGUCCCGGACUUGCGGAAGAAUCUAGUAUCGGGAUGGUUGCUUAAUAAGUUUGGAUUUCAUUUAGUUUUUGAGAGCGAUUAA